AUGGGCGAAGCAGCUGACACCAAUCGAGCCAUAUGGCUGACGACGUACUCAUCACCUCCUGAAGUGACAACACUCCCCGUGCCACAACCUGGACCCGGCUCAGCUGUCAUUCGAGUGCUGUCUACAUGGGUUCCGCCUUAUACAAAAUUUAUUCAUGAUGGAUCCCUGAAAGUCUUCAAUUUGCAUCUUCCCCUUGUCCCAAACCCCAGCAACAUCGGUUAUAUCCAUGCAGUAGGUCCAGAUGCUGUAAAGCUGAAAGCUGGUGAUCUUGUUUACUACAAUCCUUGGAUUAAGGCUCGAGACGAUCCAGACAUCAACAUUAUCCAGGGUCAUCAUGGAGGAGAAGGCCCAGGUGGGGCGAAACUUAUGCAAGGAGAAUGGAGAGACGGCUCUAUGCAACAAUACCAAAAGGUCCCGCUCGAAAAAGUAUUCAAGCUGAAUGAACCACGGCUUUGUGGAGUCUUGGGAUACAAGGCAGCUGAACUACAGGAAUUUGCCCUGCAGACCAUGGUGGUUGGGGCACUAUGCGAGGCUGCUCGCCUACAGGCUGGAGAAACCAUAGUAAUUGGGCCUGCCACGGGCACUUUCGGCCCUGCCUCUGUCGAAUUAGCAUUGCUUUUAGGAGCAAAUGUAAUUGCCCUUGGCAGGAGCGAGUCGAAGCUAGAGGAACUGCGUCAGCAGUUGGGAGAUCCCAAUCGACUGCAAGUUGUUGUUAUGACCGGCGAUGAGGAAGUCGACUCGGACGCAAUCCUUGCGGCUACCCCCAAUGGGCAAGGCGCCGAGGUGUUCAAUGAUUGGACUUCGGGGGGGCUCAAAACGCCGCCUUUUUUCACAGCAGCGUUCAAGACUUUGAAAUCAGAGGGAAGAAUCAUACUUAGUGGAGCCCCGUCAGGAAAUGUAACGUUCCCCUACGCGUACGCUAUGCACAAGAAUCUCAGGAUCAUAGGCAAGAUCAUGGUUGAAAGGGAAGGUAUUGAGAGUACCAUCAGAAUGGUGGAGUCAGGAUUUUUGAAAAUGGGGAGAAUGGCAGGAGCCAAAACUGCAUUCUUUCCUCUAGACCAGCAUCAUGAGGCUGUAGAAUAUGCAUUGAAGCAUGGUGGAUACAAAAACUACACAUUUGUGACACCGAACGACCAGUGA